CGUCGAACGACCGUGUUUGUUCUGGAUUUGGGGAGAGAGGAAGGUCUGCGCGCGCUCACUGACAGCUAGGUGAAGAAGUGAGGAGGAUGACUUGUCCAUUCCUGACUCCACCCAGCCCUCUCAAGGUUCCGCACUGACUCAUCACGUCCUGCCCAGCGCCACCCCCUGGCCAAUCAGCAUGGGGGAUGGUCUGGAGACCACGCCCCUCUCCCUCAGGCCUCCAGUCCUGGACACCAUCCACCCGACCCGCCCCCCUAGGCAGACCAAUCAGCUGCAGUAUCUACUGAAGGGGGUGGUGAAGACGCUAUGGAAGCACCAGUUUGCAUGGCCCUUCCAGGCCCCCGUAGAUGCCAUGAAGCUCAACAUUCCGGACUACUACAAGAUCAUUAAGAACCCCAUGGACAUGGGCACCAUUAAGAGGCGUUUGGAGAACGGCUACUACUACAACGCCCAAGAGUGCAUCCAGGACUUCAACACCAUGUUUACCAACUGCUACAUCUACAACAAGCCCGGUGAUGAUAUUGUCUUGAUGGCCGAGGCACUGGAGAAGGCUUUCCUGCAGAAAAUCUCCGACAUGCCUCAGGAGGAAAUAGAGAUCACCGUGGCAACCAAGAGGCCCGGCAGGAAGAGAGACCCAGGUCCCCCUCCACUGCCCCUGGGCCCCAGCAUGAUGGCCCCGUCCCUGGGCCCCUCCAUGGCCCCGUCCCUCAUCCCCGCCCUGCCUCCGUCGCUGGCGCCCGCCAUGACCCCUGCCUUGCUGGGCCCUGUGGGCAUGCCCCCCUCCUCCUCCUCCUCUUCCUCCUCCUCCUCUUCGUCCUCGUCCUCCUCCAUGGCGCCCGUCCUGGGGCCCGCCAUCAUGGCGCCGGUGCUGGAGCCGUCCUACCAGCUGGGCCCGCAGGACUGCCUGGCCCCGCCGGUGCUCACCGCCAUGCCCCCCACCGCCCCGCUCACCAAGCAGAGGAAGAGAUAUUCUCUCUUCCUUCGGAAGGCCGACACCACCACACCCACCGCCAACGACCAGCUCAGCGAGUCCUCUCCUGCGGCCACCGAUCCGCGUCCACGCCGCGAGAGCAGCCGGCCCAAGCAGGCGCGGCAGGAUGCCCCCGACUCCCAGUUCGCCGGCAGGCCCGCUAAAACAGUGAGUCCUCGUCGGAGUGAGCAGCUGCGGUACUGCCGCGGAGUGCUGCGGGAGAUGCUAGCCAAGAAGCACAUCGCGUACGCCUGGCCCUUCUACCAGCCCGUGGACGCCUCUGCGCUCGGCCUGCACGACUACCACGACAUCAUCAAGCACCCCAUGGACCUUGGCACCAUCAAGGUGAAACUGGACAGCUGGCAGUAUCCGGAUGCUCAGGACUUUGCAGCAGACGUUCGUCUCAUGUUCUCCAACUGCUACAAGUACAACCCACCUGACCAUGAUGUAGUGGGCAUGGCUCGCAAGCUGCAGGACGUGUUUGAGAUGCGCUUCGCCAAGAUGCCAGACGAGCCCAUGAUCACUCCCAUUCCUGCCCUCGCGCCCACUCCCAUGAUGCCGCAGCCGGCCCCGGCGCCGCCAAUCCUCUUCAGCGAGUCCGAGUCCGAGUCAGAGACCGAGACGUCGGAGGCCCACUCGGACCACGAGAGAGCGCAGAGGCUCGCCGAGCUUCAGGAGCAGCUGAAAGCCGUGCACGAGCAGCUGGCGGCCCUCUCGCAGCAGCAGCCCAACAAGCCCAAGAAGCGAGAGAAGGAGAAGAAGGACAAGAAGAAAGAGAAGUACAAGAAAAAGACGAGUGCACCAGCCCUGGACCCGCCCGUCCUGGGCGGGGCCUUCUACACGGAGCCCACGCCCCCUCCCCUCCAGCCAAUCAGGAAGAGCAAAAGCAACAAGGAGCUCGCUGUGCCCACAAAGCCCAAGAAGCAAGGUAAGAAGGACCUCCUCCAGCAGAAGCCCGGCCGGUCCGUGGUCCUUCCUCCCGCCCCUUUCUCCUCCUCCUCCUCCUCGUCCUCCUCUUCCUCCUCCGCAACCUCCGCGUCAUUGGCUCCUUCCGCCUCCCUCCUCCAAUCAGAUGAGGAGGGCGUUGGUGGCGGUGGCGGGGCGUCUUCGUCCAGCCGGGCCAUGUCGCUGGAGGAGAAGCGUCAGCUGAGCCUGGACAUCAACCGGUUGCCGGGCGACCGUUUGGGCCGCGUGGUGCACAUCAUCCAGACGCGCGAGCCGGCGCUGCGCCACUCCAACCCCGACGAGAUCGAGAUCGACUUCGAGACACUCAAGCCGUCCACGCUGCGCGAGCUCCAGCGCUACGUUGGCGUCUGCCUGAACCGCCGCACCAAGAAGGGAGCUGAUAAGAUGAAGAUGAAGAUGGGCUCUUCGUCAGGUAGCAGCAGUGAGGGCAGUUCCUCAGACAGCGACACCUCUGAUACAGGGCUGGUACCCAAACAGAAAAAGAAGUCGUCCGUUCCGUUGGCCAAACGAGGUCAAACCAACACCACCAACACCACCACCAACACCGCCGCCGCCGCACCCCACCACAACUCCGCCCCUCCCAAACACACCCCUGCCCCUCCGCCCACCGCACCCGCGGCUGCAGUCACCGGGCCCUCCCUGGCUCCAUCUCAUCUCCUGGGCAACAGUAAUGGGCUGGCCAUCUUCAACCCGCAGCCCCAGCAGCAGCAGCAGGCUCCUCUCAGACCUCUGUUGCCCCUGGCUCCUCUGGCUCCUCUGGUGCCCACCCCCACCCCACUGCCCCCAUUGGCCCACCAGGGCAGCUCCAUCCUGGGCCACGUGUCGGCACAGCCCCCCCAGGCCCUGCUGGAGGACGAGGAGGAUGAGGAGCCUGCCAGCCCACCGCUGCCCAUCGGCCAGAUGGAUCAGCAGCUCCUGAUGCAGCCUCUGAGCUUCAGCCCGUCUCCGCCCUCCCAGCUGGGUGGAGAGCAGCCACCGCCGCAGUCGCACGGGCAGUCACACGGGCAGUCACACGCACUCACACACGUGCAGCAGCAUCGGCGGGAGGAGAGUGCAGCAGCCGCCGUCGCCAACGCACGCACACACAUGAAGGAGGAGGAGGUGUCUCCGCUACACAGCUCAGGUCCGUUGAGGGAUAGCCCCUCCCUACUGUCCCAGUUCCACGCAAUGGUGAACCAGUCGCCUGCCAUGGACAUGCCAGACAGAAAACCUCUGAAAGAGGAGAAGUUCCUUCCCUCUCCUGUCCUGGCACUCAGCCCGGUUCAUCAGGAUGCUCCCGACAGCAAACCCAACAUGCACAGAAGCGGCAUCAGGCCACAGGACAACUCUCGGCCCCGUCCCACUGCAUCCCCAGCCGCACCCCCUUCUCUCCAGGACAAACUGAAACAGGAGCCCAAGGGGCCCAGCGGACCUGCUAAGGACGCGAAGCUGAAGAACAUGGGGUGGAGUGGGCCGAGCCUGGCCCUUGAGUCUUCCUCCUCCUCCCUCGUCCUCUCGCCCGGGCCCAGCUGUCAGCGACAGUUUAGGCGUUCCCGGCAAGCCAAGGAGGAGAAGGACAAGGCGCUCAGGGCCGAGCAAGAGAGAGAGAGAGCACGCCGAGAACAGGAGAAGAGGUCCCGUGAGAGUGAGGACCCCGUGGAUCAACUGCGUCGCCACCACCACCACCACCACCAGUCGGAGGAGCAGCAGCAGCAGCAUCAUCACCACGCGGCCCAGCAGGCCCCUGCGCCCGCCGCCACGUCUCGCUCGCACGCCCAGUCGAGCCGCAGACGCCCCGAGCAGACGCAGGCGCAGACGCCGCCCCAGGUCAGCUCGCCCCACCCGCCCACACCGCCCUCCGCUGCUGCGGCCGCCGCCACCGCUGCUGCUCCGGCGCAGUCGACGCUCAGCACGCCGGACCAGAGGGAGAUGGCCCGCCGCAGGGAGCAGGAGAGAAGGAAGAGGGAGGCGACGGCAGCUCUGAUUGACAUGAACCUCCAGAGUGACCUCAUGGCCAUCUUUGAGGAGAACCUUUUCUGAAGGAGGGAACGCAGGAAAGAAAGAGAACACUUCAUCUGUCUCUCUCUCUCUUUCUCUGUCUCUCUCUAUCUGAGAACCUUUUCUGAAGGAGGGAAAGCAGGAAAGAAGACAAUGUCAAGAAAGAGAACACUUUAUCUCUCUCUUUCUCUCUCUCUCUCUGUCUGUCUCAAUCCACCUUUUAUUUAAUUUUUUUUGGAAGCCACCUGAAGCCAUCUCAUCUUUCCCCCCUCCCUCCCCUUACUUGCAGUAUCUCAACCACGAGAAACAUGAGACAUGGAUUUAAACAGAAAAAAGAAAAGAAGAUUUAAAAAAAAAAAACUGGUGUGUUUUUAAAAAUAUGUGGAAUCUCAGAAGAUUUUUUUUGUGUGUGUGUCUAUUUUGGAAAGUGAAUAACUGUAUUUAAGAUGAUGUUAUUUUCCUUAAGAAUGAAAGCGUUAACCUGCGGA